UUGAUUGCUGCUGCAAAAAGGAACAAUAAACAGAUUUGUGUGAAAAUAAUGUCGGAAGAAAUUGUGUUUGAUUGCUUGCAUGCCGAAAUAGUCAACUACUGUCUGGAUAACAGAAAGGAUCAAAAUGAUCUGGCCACGUUGGAGUACAUUGGGUUUACCACUGGCUAUCGCCUCAAUGAGCGUCUGACGCGUGACGUCACGCGCUUUAAGGAUGAACUGGAGACAAUGAAAUUCAUCUGCACCGAUUUCUGGACACUGAUCUAUAAGAAGCAAGUGGACAAUUUGCGGACAAACAAUAAUGGCAUGUACGUGCUCCAGGACAGGGCAUUCCGUUUUCUCACACGCAUCUCGCCGGGCGCCAAGCAACUGGAACAGGCGCCCAAAUUUGUUGCCUUCACCUGCGGCUUGGUGCGAGGCGCACUCAGCAAUCUGGGCAUAAAUAGCACAGUUACCGCCGAGGUGCAGACAAUACCCGCCUGCCGGUUUCACGUAGAAGUCAACAGGAGUUAGACGCAUAUUUGUAUUCAUAUUCUAAUUAUAACAAUUAAAAGUAUAUAUCUAA